AUGACUUCAAAGGCGAAGAUCCCUGUCAUCAUCGAUACCGAUCCAGGAAUCGACGAUGUCGUAGCUCUUCUAUUAGCACUAGCAUCCCCUGAACUGGAAAUCCUGGCCAUCCUUGUGUCGUUCGGCGCGUCGUUAUCUUCUUGGUCGUCGAGACACCGGUCUGAGAUAUUAUCUAUCAAUGUCCUCAAAACUUAUCAAGCCUUGUCCGCCCAUUUUGAGCAAUACCCGGACGAUCAGGCCCGUUUUCCUAAUUUCCAGCCGGAGACAAAAGCCAUACUAGCCCUCGGGGCCACUGGGCCUCUCGAAGGCGAUCUCCACAGUGCCCAAUACUUCCAUGGAAGAGACGGGUUGGGUGACAUCGCGGAACGUCACCCCGAACUCAAUCUAGAGACCGUGGCGACCGGCGAGGCACAUCCGCAGCUUCAAUUGACGAAGAAAUACGGGGUCGAUGUGGCUCUGGAGCUGCUCCGCUCUCGCGAACCACGCAGCAUUACGUACAUCGCCCUCGGUCCGCUAACUAAUCUCGCUACGCUCAUGCACGUUGAUCGCGACGCGGUCGUCUCGCGAAUAGACCGCGUCAUCUGCAUGGGCGGCGCGCUGGACGUGCCUGGAAAUACGAGUCCUGUAGCUGAAUGUCCCUCGAUGGCUGUGUAUGGGUGGUAUGUAGUCAAUUUCUUCGCUGAUCCUUACGCCGCGCAGGAACUGCUGACGCCCAAAGACUCGCACCCACUGCCCCACUUUCCUCUGGAUCGAUUUUUCCUGCUUCCACUAGACAUCACCACACCCCACGAGCUGCGGUUCCCGUACUACAAGGAAACGGUCGAUCCGACGUUUCAUUCCACUGCGGUACCGUCUGUGCCGUCGGCCAAGACUCCAUUGACGCAUUUCACAAGCAGCUUCCUGGAGCGGACGAGGGAGGUGAUGCUCGAGUUUGGGAAAGACGCAAUGGAGCUUCAUGAUAUCGUCGCCGUAUGGUGUGCGAUAGCGAACCCACAGAUUGGUAAGAACAUAGAAGAUGGGAGCCUAUCGCCUGGGUGGAGGAUGGUGAAGCGAAAAUUUGAGAUCGAACGAGUGGGGGAGCUCACUCGGGGCAUGCUAGUCGUCGACCGUCGGGAAGACGAGACUGCAUACGCGCCUGGGGCGAAUCGGGCGCACGUUCAAGCCGAACUCGAAAGGCUGGUCUCCGACCACCAUCAUGAAUGGGAGUCGACUGCCUUGCCCGCCCAAGUCGAAGUCGAGAAACCAGCUGACAACACCCAGUCGUUGCAAGGAGUGCAGUGCAUAGUGGAGACGCCAGGUCCAGACGCGCUGCUCAAAUUGUUAGUGAAGCGGGUGUGGGGGAUCGAUGCAUAA